AGGAAGUUUUCUUGCAGAUAUUUUGGUACCCAAUGCUAUUAGUUCUGUCAUGAUACAGUAGCCCUGAUGAUGUCUCCUAAUUGGGUAAUGAAAAGCCUGCAAGGAAAAAAAAACACACAACCUCAGAGAACACCAAGGAACCCACAACCUCAGUCUGGGGGAUCCUAGGGGUUCAUAAACCGGAUGCCCAGACCUGGGCCUGAGUAUGGAGAAGAGAUCUCCAUACUCCUCUGGACUCUCCUUCCAAGCCAACGAACCCCCCUUUUCACCACAGAAAGAUGUCACUACCCUGUUGACCCCGGACACUGUAAAGCCCACAUGACUCGCUUCUACUACAAUCACAAAUAUAAGAAGUGCAAGAAGUUCAUUUAUGGCGGCUGUAAAGGAAACGGCAACAAUUUUGAGAGUUUCGAGGAAUGCCUUCACUUUUGUAAGGAAAAACCCGGGGUGUGUCCCAAGGCCCCCAAAGGCCUGAUCACUAUUUGUCCCGUGAAGUGUAGAAGUGACUGGGAGUGCCAUGGGAAACAAAAGUGUUGCCCUUACGGAUGCAUCGUUGACUGCAUGGAUCCAGACUAAGGUAAGAGCAUCCAUCUCUCUGGAGGGCUUCAUAGAUCCCGGAAUGGACUGGAUCCAAGUGGAUCUCUCUGGAACCCUUGAAACUUCUGUCCUUCUUGGCUGUGACCUUGGAAGAGCCAAGACUCAAAUAUGAUGAAAGGAGAACAUCCAGGUCU